GAGGGGCGGCAGCGACUGGUCGAGGACACGUCGCCGCCUGCGUCGGCGCAGUCCCGGCGACCUGUGUGCAUGGAUCUGCGGUGCGCCCUGGGGAAGCUACGGGGAUCCGCUCCGGGAGCGAAUGGCUGGCAUGAAGAUGAGCCCGCUUCGCUCUACAGCCCUGCGGUGGUCUCACACCUGGCUGACGUCUCCAAUUUCAUGCUGGACCAGCGCUGCGUACCCACGGAGUGGCGAAAAGCACGGCAAGUAAUGCUGCAGACAGGAACAAGAAAGAGGGACGGAAGCAACGCCGUGCAGGCGCUGCGGCCCAUCACCAUCUUGAGCUGCUGGCGGAGCCUGCUCAGCAGCGUGCUGCAGUUACCCGACGUCCAGGCUGGUGAGGUGUACACGCCGCUCCUGAGCCUCCUCGACUCGUACCACGAGGAGGUCUUCAUUGCGUCCUACGACUACACUUUGGCUUUCGAUAAAACAGACUCCAGGCUGGCAAUUGCAAGGCUAGGGGAGCUCG